AUGAAAGCCUUCACCCCGAAGAACAUCACGGCAGGGUUUGCUGCAAAUGUACUGUUUCCCUCCGACUCAGACAGGGUGCUCAGAAGCAUGCCAAAGCCUGUCGUUAACUUAGACGUUCCAAGAGUCCACGAGGUACAUGCGAGGAUUUGUUCACAGAACGAGGUGCCACAAACGCCAGUCACACCAGUAUCAGCAAGCGGUCUUAUGUUGCUACACAACCUGAUCAUGAAACAGGAUGCUCGUACUCUUGACGAGAGAAGGAGACAGGACCUGCAGAGACACCUGCAGAAGUAUGCCAAAGCUGCACAAGUGUCCUUUGCGAAGUGCGCGCUCCAGCAGAAUCAUAUCCGACUCUUACUAAAGGUCAACGACGAAACCAAGGUUCGAGCAAAAGUCAUGGGCUAUGAUGAGCGCAAGGAGGCGCGGGAAAAGCGUGCUAAGACAGAGGCGGCGACGAAAGCGAAGGGCAAGGGAAAGCGUGGUCGGAAACGCACAAAUGCUGCGCCGGAAGCAGACGUGGCAGAGCCGAAGCCCAAGGCGGCGAGGGUGAGCGAAGCACGAAAGCUGCCAGUACUUGCAGAUGUGCAAAUCAGCGGAACAACUGUCACAAAUGACGGGGCUGUAUUAGAGCCAUGGAGAGCCCCGGUGGCACGUAUGUAUUAG